AUGACCCACUGUUGCUCCCCUUGCUGUCAGCCUACGUGCUGCAGGACCACCUGCUGCAGGACCACCUGCUGGCAGCCCACCACUGUGACCACCUGCCGCAGCACACCCUGCUGCCAGCCCUCCUGCUGUGUGUCCAGCUGCUGCCAGCCUUGCUGCCGCCCAACUUGCUGUCAAAACACCUGCUGCAGGACCACCUGCUGCCAGCCCACCUGUGUGACCAGCUGCUGCCAGCCUUCCUGCUGCAGCACACCCUGCUGCCAGCCCUCCUGCUGUGGGUCCAGCUUCUGUGGCCAAACCAGCUGUGGGUCCAGCUGCUGCCAGCCCAGCUCCUGUGCACCCGUCUACUGCAGGAGAACCUGCUACCACCCCACGACUGUCUACCUGCCUGGUUGCCUCAACCAGAGCUGUGGCUCCAGCUGCUGCCAGCCCUGCUGCCGCCCAGCCUGCUGUGAGACCACCUGCUGCAGGACCACUUGCUUCCAGCCCACUUCUGUGAUCAGCUGCUGUCAGCCUUCUUGCUGCUGA